AUGGUGAGCCAUGAAGAGGAAGAAUCACAACCUCUAAUGGCCGGUCCAGAUCCUAUAGAAGUCGGCGUCGUGCCCGUCAGCGCCAGCGCCAGCGCAAGCGAGCUAGACGAUAGAACCCGAGACAAUGCGACACACAAUGAUUCGCCGCUCGAAACACAAAAUCACCUCCAAGUCGACGACAGCGAUCCUCCGACCCCGCGAUUUAUUCAAGAUGAGAGUUCGUGGAAGCGCUGGAAAUGGGUUCCGUAUCCUGUUCGACGAAGUGCCAAUUGGGUUGUAAAGUGGUCUCACGGUCCCAAAGACCCUCAACCGUAUCGCAUAAAACCAUUCUUCCCAGCCGUACAAGAGUACCCUCUCUACACCAUCGAGCGCUUUCUACCCAAGCUGAAACACCGCGUUUGGCUCGUCCUCUUCUAUCUCUCCAUCUGGAUCGUUACUUUUGCCCUUGUUAAGCGCCGGGACACCAUCGCCAGCGAGAUCGAAGGAUGGGGUACGCCGCAGACAAUCGGGUGCGGAGUUACAUAUUUCGGCGCAGGGAAUGUAUGCGGUUUGGACGGCAGCGAGUGUCGUCCCUUUAACGGUAGUGGAUUUCCAUUCAGAUGCAGGGCCAAUUGCGAGAGCUACCAUGUUUUGAAUCCUAGAGCGGUUGGAGACAAGGAGGUUAUCUAUUCGCCCAUGGUUAUAGGCGGACCGGGGACGAAUGGGUCCGAUGAGCCUGUGUAUCGUGGAGAUUCUUUUGUCUGCGCAGCUGCUAUCCAUGCCGGCGUCAUUUCUAACGUGGAUGGCGGUUGCGGUGUUGUUGAGUUGAUCGGUCGCGAUCAGAAUUAUGCUUCGUCCAAACAUCAUGGCAUUUCAAGCGUAGGAUUCGACUCUUACUUUCCCUUGUCCUUCCGCUUUGCCCCAGACGUCACAUGUUCAUCGAGCGAUUCACGGUGGGAGUUGUUGGCUGUUUCAACUGUCUUUACUGGAGUGUUGUCUCUCUUCACCAACUCUGCCGCGUUGUUCUUCUUCCCCGUCUUUACAGGCAUCUUCUGGACUGUUGGCAUGGCGCUUGAUCCGCCUCCGCUCCAUUCAGUUGCAGCGCUGUUCUCCAACUUGAUCGGCAAGUUCCUACCCGCCAUGUUCAUUGCGUGGGUCAUGUACGACAAGAUGGGUGUCCGUCGCACCCUCGGUGGUCUCACAGCCCAGAUCGAAAAGACGAUUCUGUGGCUCGGUGGAUGCUGGGUUGGAGGCUUGGAGAACUACACGCUCAGCUUCAUCCCUAUCCAGCGGCUUAACAAGCACGAUCUAGAUCAGCAACCAGGUGCUAGAGCUGCUCUUGCUAUCAUUGUCAUCUUGCUCGCAGUGAUUAUCUCUUCGCAGGUGUGGUUCUUUAGGCAAGAAGGACGGCUGCUCAAAUAUCUAAAGCUCUAUGCGCUCUUCAUAGGAGCCAUUCUCAUCUCACUUACUAUUCCAGGGCUCAGCUUGCGGAUACAUCACUACAUAAUUGCUCUUCUACUUCUUCCCGGAACGAGCAUGCAGACACGGCCAUCUUUGCUAUACCAGGGAAUUCUGAUCGGUCUUUUCAUCAGUGGCAUUGCUCGAUGGGGUUUUGACCCGGUGCUACAAACCUCUGAAGCCUUACAAGGCGACGCCCAAAAGGGCUCACGACUGCCCUCUAUCCCCACGCCCGCCAUCUACAUCGGAAAUGGCACAAACUCCUUGUCAAACAUCACAUUUACAUGGAAGGAACCGCCGCUUCAGUUGUACGACGGCAUAAGUAUCCUAGUAAACGACGUGGAGCGUUUCCGCACAUAUUUCGGCGACGUAGACCAGGAGCGGGAUUUUGUCUGGAGCAGAAACACCAGCCUGAACCUACCAGAGUAUUUCCGUUUUGCGUACAUGGAUGGAAGUGAGAGCGGUGAUUAUACCAAGGCUGGUAUAUGGACGCCGGACGGCGAGUGGACCAAGAUGAAGCCCGGUCCGUCGCGUGUCAAGGCCCGAAGCUUGGAUAAGGAUGAUCUGGUACAUCGUUGA